CCUAUCAAUGUGUGUCCUCUUUCACUAAAGCCGACAGAUCAGGCCAAAUGCAUUUAUGACAUUCCCUGAAUAAUUGUCAAUUUGCUUAGAGGAAAUCUCUCUGAACAGAGUGUGGUACUUUAGUUUCACACAGAUCUUAAUCAAAUUCUGACAAAUAUUUGGGGCUUUUUUCUAUUUUAGCCUGGACAUUUGAGUCUGUAAUGAAUUAGAUGAGGUCUGUGACGUGAUGUUCAGCUAUCCUCAAAUGAACCGACGGCGGACACAAUGAGUGCUCAGUGUGCGAGAGGUUGGAGUAAUGGGCAGCUUCAAACCAGUGUGUAUUUGUCCGUGUGUGUGUGAGAGUCUUAAAGUUUUUACAUACAUUACUUAGUUCAUAUUUCUCGGGUGACAGUACAAAUCAUGUACGUAUGCACCUGUUAUGUACACAGAUAGAUCAGCAUGUCUGUGAUGCUUGGUUGUUUUCGGUAUUUCACUGUAUGUUAUUACAUUGCAUUGUUUAGUGAGUACAACAUGUGCAUCUCUCUACUGCUCACCUGUUAUUGGCCAUUAAUCUUUUAUGUGCUCAUCAAGAAUUCACUGUUAAUGGACAUUGUAAGACAUUGCAGAGGUGAAGUCACUCUGUAAAUCACUCUGUGUGUAUGCCUUAGUGUGCAUGUGAGUGAGUGUGUGUGUGUAUCUUGUGUCUUAGGGUGUAAUGCACAAGAGUCUAAGUACUCAGAGCUUACGGUUCCUCAAUAUGGAACUUCCAAUCCCCUCCCAGACUUUAUUGCCAGUGUGCCAUUGCUUGUGUGACUCAUGUGUGUUUGUGUGUGUAUGGCACUAAGAUGUCAGUGGCAUGAGUCCUACCCUCCAUGUUCUCUAAUCCAAGUGGAAGCGAGGGAUUGCGUGACCUUUCCUCUUCGGGUCACAGAGAGUGCAAGUGCCAGAAGGAAAGAAAAGGGGAGGGGGAGUUAACAAAAUGAGAAAAAAGGAAAACUAGACCAUCUUUGGCAAGCGGUGGCAUUGCCUCAUUCGAUCUAACCUCUUUUCCUUUGUUGCUGCUUUUCCUUUGUUGCUGGUGAACGACCUAUAAAUAUCAUCCUGUUAAAAUCACACACAUUACAAUAUUCAUGUCAUAUGCACAGUAGCUAAAGUGUAGAUAUGGCAACAUCACCGCCCACCCAUGGAAAGUGAGAGUGAGAUCUGGAUAAACAAACUCGAUGAUCUCUUACAGUCGGUGUGGCCCUCACUCUCUGACAUGUUUGUACACACAUGCAGACACAGGCUCUACAGGCACAGCUUGAUCAGGUCAUGGUCAUUAGGGCUUGUUAAUUAGAGCUGUGUUGUACCUGCUCAGCACUUUGCUAAUGAGUUAACUCAAUCAACCACCUGCUGGGACUAAGCCUUUAAUGUAAUAGACUCCCUUGAAGACAAAGAAUAGACAAACACUGAUGGAAAAAAACAGGCCCUACUCUACAGCACAACACACCUUCAGAUCAGCACUUAUUGGUAGAUACUUAGCAUUACCCUGAAACUAGGGCUUCAUGGCUUUAUUAUAGUACUUAACAUCAAUAUUUAGAUGUUUUACUUUAUUUUUAAGUCAUUAUCAAUUCACCUACAAUAUUCAUGUCAUCACAUGGCUGAAUCUCUCUGUUAUAGCAUUCCAUUAAAAUCCUUUAUCCAUCCACCCAGCAACCGGUAAUAGGCUACAUGCACAGUCACUUCCGCAUUCUACUCAUAGCGGCCGAUUCAUUUCCUGUUUGAAAAUGACGACCUUCUACACCCGCUGCCUACAAGAGCUUCCGAAAUUAAAAAUGUCAGAUGUUCAUCGGAUUUGCCGGACGACUAAAGCCCCAGCCAGCAAACUCGAUAAAGGCUUCAAAUUAUAUGCUGCGUCAUAUAUACACAACUAUGAAGAUAACGCUUCGUGAUUCAUCACCAGUGGUGCUCACACACAACCAGUGCUCCUGUGUUGCAGGAACUGUUUUGUGCAAUCACACAGUAGCAUUGCUGUUCCAAACAGCACACUACACUGAACUGAACAUGCCAGUUGUGCCACCUGUGCAUAGCUGUACUGAAUCGGAACAGCAAUGGCACAAGCCGCGAACAAUGGGUGUGAAGCCAGGGCCCAUCAACUCCAUGGUCUUCACCAAGCCUGUACCAAAUAGGAUGGUGCCGACUGGAGUAAGGAGUGGAUUCUACAGAGGCAUGGUGGGGCCAUUACCAGAUCCCUGCCUGUUCAGAGUUACGGAGGCAUACUCAGCAUUCAGCAUUGAAGACAGGCCGCUUGUGACCACAAUGAACAUGAGACCUGACAAGCCCCUAAUGGAAAGUGCCUUCGGGAUUGUGCAGGAGGGCAGUGUUCUGUCCUAUCAGAUGCCUGCUUUGACGUCUCGGUACACCACACUUCACACUGACACACCACCAACACCCCACUUGCCCAUAGAGGGGUAUGUGAUCUUGCCAUGUGAUUUACCGCUGGUGUGCUCAGAAGAGGAGCAACUACAUAUGAACAGCUUAUCUGUUGAUUUGGAAAUGUCUCACAAAAUUGAGGAGGCUACCCGUGAGCAAAGCUCUAGCUCAGAGUGGCAUCUGCUCCGCAAACCCAGGGUUACUGCCUCUAGGUUAAGAGAGAUUUGUCACGUCAGAGGUGAGAGCUCUGCUAACUCUCUUGCAGAGCGAAUACUCAAAGGUACAAGGCAGACUGCAGAAAUGAGGAGAGGUGCCGAGAUGGAGCCCACAGUAGCAGCUGAAUACAGUAGACUGGCAAACGUGAACUACUCCCCUUGUGGCCUUGUCAUUCACCCCUCUACGCCCUGGCUUGGUGCCUCCCCUGAUGGAGUUGUUUUUGACCCAACAGAAUAUCCCCAAUUUGGCCUUGUUGAAUUCAAAUGUCCCAAUGUCCCAAAUGAUGUCGACUGCAAAUAUGUGCAGAUGGAAUGUGGCUCCCCUAAGCUCAAGAAAAGCGUCAACUUCUUGUAUCUGGGAUGCAGUGGUGUGAUUUUGUAGUGUGGGCACAAGAGGACUACCUGGUGCAAAGAAUAUACACAGAUCCAGAAGUGCAAAGAGCAAUCAGAGAAAAAGUAGACUUUUUUUUUUACACGUAUGCCGAAGUACCUGUCAUUAAAAAAGUAGUGGGCACUGUAGCCAUUGUUAACUCUGUAAGCAGUUAGCUGCUAGACCCUGGCUCAGCCGUCAUUGUUUUUAGGAGGCAAUCCCUCAAUCAUGUGUUCUGAAUGACAACAAAAUGUGAUUUCAAUAUUUUGUUUUUGAUAUAUAUUGUUUGUCACAUUUCAUAUAUGUAAAUAAAUAUACAAUUGUAUUUAAAAA